AUAAAGAUUAAUAGAAAUAGAUCUCAUUCAUGAUGCGUUGCAAUCCACACUUAAUUUUCAUACAAUAUUAAUGCAUAUUUCCUGACUGGUGUCAGUUUUAUUUACUUCUGAAAAUAACGUAUCGUGCAGUCCAGAUGCCAGAAAACGAUUACUUGGGAAAAAGUGUGCUGGGUAGAUUGAAACAGCUUCUAGCAUCACUUUGUCUUGGCCCGUUUUCCCUGGGCGUUUCGGUAAGCUGGACGUCACCGGUAUUGCCGCAACUCGAAUCAAAUUCAUCCUCCCUUCAUCUGACAAAGGAAGAAUCGUCGUGGGUGGGUUCCAUUUUGGGCUUGGGAGUAUUGGCGGCUGCCGUACCUACCGGUUACUUGGCGAGUCGUUUUGGUCCAAAAAGAUGCGUCAUCGGGUUAAUAAUCCCAGUACUGAUUUUCACCAUAGUUGUCUCAUUCUCCGAAGACGUUUACAGCCUAUCCGCGGCGCGCUUCUUUUCUGGUGUCGCAACCGGUGGAAUUUGCGUGGUUAGUCCUAUGUACAUGUCGGAAAUUCACGACGUGUCAUUUAGAGGUACGCUAGGGUCGUUUUUUGAGUUUGUCAUUUACGUAGGGGUUGUGACUGUUGCAAUUGUCGGAGCUUACGUUAAAUAUACCACGCUGACGAUAAUCUUGGGGGUGAUCGGUUUGGUUUUGGCCUCCAUUUUCGUAUUUCUGCCCGAAAGUCCGAACUACCUGAUGAGGAAUAACAGAAGGGAGGAGGCCGAGAUGGCCCUUAAAUUUUACAGAAGUGCAAAGUGUGAUGUUUCCGGUAUUAUUGUUGAGAUUGAAAACAGUAUCGGAGGAAGACAGAGACAGUUGAGCGUAAGAGAGGCGCUUAGAAGUAAGCGGGUAGUUCGUGGACUAACGGCAGCUGUUGGUAUGACGAUUUUUCAAAAAUUUUGCGGAAUCGACAGCAUGAUCUUUUACACGGUGAAUAUUUUCCAAAUUGCAGAGACUGGAAUGAACGAGUACACCUCUUCUAUUAUCUUCACUUUGGUGCAAUUAGCGGGUGCUGUACUGAACGUGUUUGUGGUGGAAAUGGCGAAUAGACGAACGUUUUUGUUCAUUUCCACCAUUGGCAUGAGCGCGUCUCUCGCAGUACUGGGGAUGUACUUUCAUAUGAAGGCGUACGGAAUCGAUUUUACCGGAAUUGGGAUAAUUCCACUGACAAGUUUGGUGAUUUAUGCGCUGUCUUUUGCUAGCGGCAUGGGACCAAUUCUGUGGCUAAUUAACGGAGAGCUCUUCGCUCCAGAUGUCAAAGGGUUGGCGAAUGGUGUAACCAUGACCACAAAUUGGGUCCUACUCAGCGUUGUUACAAAGUCGUUUCCCAUUAUGUUAAAAAAUAUGGGGCCUAAUUACACAUUCUAUUUUUUUGCGAUAUGUAUGAUUGCUUCUGCAGUUUUUGUUAAGUUUUCCGUACCGGAAACGCGAGGAAAAACUUUACAGCAAAUCCAAAAUGAACUAGAUUAUUGAUUUUAUUGUUAAUUAUUAUUAGAAACCAUGGUGUUUUAUAGU